AUGUUCAAACAUCGACAUGCAGACAACCUACUUCCCAACCAUCAACUCGAGGAACAACACUUGAAACAAGAGGGAGCAUCCCAUACUCGGAUGCAUCAACGUGCACGAAGAAUUAAUUCCGAACACGGAAAACGUGCCCAUGAUCAUCUACCCCUUCCUACACACCUCAGUACAACGACAAGGCAUUCAACAACGACGAAUGGUGGUGGUGAGGCUACCAACACAAAAUUUGAUUUGGACAAAGACUUCCCUGCAUUGGGACAAAAAACCAAGGCUUCAAAACCUAACACUGUUUCAGCACAGCCAUCAACCGUACGCAAUGGCAAUACUAUGGCAAGUAGCAGCAAAGCAUUUGUUCCGACACACUCUCAACCAAAAACAAGCACUUCAAAGAACAAUAAGCCUUCUUCUUCCAAUGUGAUAUCACAACAACGAACUCCUUUAUCUCCAUCCAUAUCGAGAGCAAGUAGUCCGAGCACGGUGUCCAGCAUCUCCUCUUUGUCAUCAUCAACAAUAUCAAGCAUUUCCUCACCAUCAUCAUCGUCAACGAACAAUAGCACUAGCAACGAAAUUGUGGAGUUUGGAACCAUAGAUUUGAAAUGGAUGGCCACAGAGAUUGGUAAUUUUGAAGAAAGUAAGCACACCACUUUUAGAAUUGUGAAAAAGGACAACAUAUCUGGUUAUAUAAUGCCAGAACGUUCUCUUUCAAAGCUAUUUUGGAAGUUAAAUGGUGACAUGAAAUGGCAGGCUGUAUUUUCAUCCUCUGAACAUGAAUAUUGGAUGGAUAUUAGAAGAAGUAAUAUUAAGAGAGUGAUCGUAUACAAGUCUGAAAUGGCCAUUGAGCUAGUCAACACACCAUUUGUGUACAGAAAAAAACCAGAUGAGAAAAUCAAAGCAAGAAUGGCGGCACCCUUUUUCUCACAGAAAGACAGUUACUCGUCUUUAUGGUUGAACAAUUUUAAGUUUGGAAGAUCUAUUGUGAUACAAUUACCAUCAACGAACAUCAAAUCCCUUAUUGAGGGUAACCAUUACCCAUAUCCAAUAUUGUACAGAGACGAAAAAAUUCAAUAUGUUGGGAUGGACGUUUAUUUAGAAGACGGAGUUUUGAAUUUUCAUUUACAAGAUCUAACCUUCAAUAUUGUGUAUUUAUUGUUUUGUGUGACAACAAAAGUACCAGGUCUAUUGAACAGCAUGGUGAGGCUCGAACAAAUUCGUGACACCAUUAUUCAGUAUGUCAAUGAAGAUUAUGCAUUAGAGUGGAUCGAUGCUGCUCUUCGUGACAUUAUCAACGACAAGGAUAUUUACCCAAACAGCUUUAUGGAUAUUUUCAAACAGAAUGUAGAGAAACACAAGUUCAAACAAACUGAACCUGAAUUUUCUGAUCAAAAUAACAACAUGUUUAAUAUUAGAAAAAUUAUGAUUACCCCCACAGGAGUGAAAUUUCUUGACAUAACUGUAGAAGGUGGAAACAGAGUAUUGAAGAAAUACAAAGACAAGUAUGAGGACUACUUUUUAAGAGUGACCUUCUGUGACGAAGAUCAGACCAAAUUGAGUGCUGAAAAGUUUGUCAACCUCCACAACCGAGUAGAAUUUUUCGUUAAAAAAGGGUUUUAUGUACACAAUAGAUUAUACGAAAUGUUGGCCUACAGCAACUCUCAACUUAGGACCCACAGCGCUUGGUUUGUUUCUCCAAUCGAUAACCUUUCUCCCAAAUCUAUUAUUGCAGAUCUUGGUAAUUUUUCUCACAUCAAAGUGGUGGCAAAAUAUGCAGCAAGAAUUGGCCAAUGUUUCUCUCAUACCUAUGAAGGCAUUGAAAAGGAUUUUGAUGUUGUUCCAGAUAUUAUUAGAAAUGGCAAAAUCUUUACAGAUGGUAUUGGUAGUAUAUCACCAAAGUUUGCUUUGGAACUUGCUGAAAAGUUUCAAAUCGGUUAUUGUGGAAAGCAAUAUGUACCAAGUGCAUUUCAAUUUAGAUUAGGAGGAUACAAGAUUCGUACAAAGGAGCAAUUAGAUGAAAUUCGCCACUUAUUUGACAAUAAGAAGUAUGUGAAGCGAAUGCUGAGAAAAGCUCAUGAUAAUCCGAUCGGAAAUAAUUUGAAGAAAAUUAUUGGUCUCAAUUACCUUGAUAAGGAAAUAGAUAUCUCUUCGAUAGAAAAUGCCAGAUCAUCGAUACAUUAUUUCUUUCAAGUGGAACCCUUAUUCUGUAAAAUCGUCAGUAGAAUGCUGAAAAGUAGACUCUCUGACCUCAAAUCUGGGCGAUUGAUUGUGGACAAAUCAUCUCUACUCAUGAGUGUUGUUGACUUUUAUAACGUCUUGGAAGAAGAUGAAGUGUUCAUUCAACUCUCACCUUUAGAUCAAGCGAAUUGCGGCAUUUAUGAUGAAGGUUGCUACGAGAAUGGAGGAAUUGUUACUGGGGAUGUAGCAAUUUCUAGAAAUCCAUGUUUACAUCCAGGUGACAUUCGCAAGUUUAAGGCUGUGAAUGACCCAGAAAAGAUCAAAUAUCUUUCACACUUGAAGGAUGUUGUCGUUUUCUCACAGAGAGGAAAUAGAUCUCAACCAAACAAACUAUCAGGAGGUGACUUGGAUGGAGAUUUAUUCUAUGUGUGUUGGGAACCAAAAUUAUUGGAUUUUGAAGAAUAUCCUCCAAUGGAUUAUGAACCUUUACCACCUGUAGAGAAGCAUGGAGGAUGUGAUUACAAAGCAAUUAGAGAGUUUUUAACGGAAUAUGUUGUCAAUGACAACCUAGGAGUGGUAGCGUUUUUGCAUUUGGAACAUUAUGACCAAGAAAAAGAAGGUGCUAAAAGCGCCGUUUGCUUGGAUUUAGCCAAGUACCACAGUUAUCAAGUUGACUAUGCCAAAUCAGGUGUAAGAAAAGCAUUACCACUGGAUUUACUUUCAAACAGUAGACCUCAUUACAUGCCAAAGGUUUUCGGUAAAACAAUUUAUCAUUCUGACGAUAUUCUGGGGAAAAUUUAUGAUCGAGUUAAAUGGGAAGAACAAAAAAGAAAAAAGAUGAAGUUGGGCUUAGAGAAAUAUGGCUAUGACACAUUGGAUCACUAUUUUGAAAUACUGGACAAGUUGUUCGUCACAUACAAACCUUUGAAACAGCUUUUUGUGGAUUAUAACGAAGACUUUUUUGAUCUUGAUCAAGAUAUUUUGAAGGAAUUUGCAGAUGUGACAAAAAAUUAUGAAAAUUAUAAGAGAGAUUUGAGAAAACUAAUGUUCCAGUACUACAUUGAUUCUGAAGAUGAAUUAAUUGCUGGAUUUUUCAACGCCAAAGAUUUGGAAGUUAAAUGUGGAAAAAAUCAUUACAAACUUCGAUUGGAAAUUAGUGAUAUCGUUAUGCAAUUCACCAAGUACUACCAUAAGGAGAGUAUGAAAAUAAUGGUUUCAAAUUCUUCCACAAAUCUCUCUAAAAAGGACGUUGCCUCUUUGUUCUAUAUUGCAGUAAGAAAUGAAAACAAAGGACUUGAAAUUCAGAAGUGUUUUGGAAUAUCAUUCUAUUGGUUAGUCAUGGAUAUCAUGGUGUCAAGAGUGAACGAAGAGAAUCCAGUCGAAACAUUAGUUUCUGAAUAG